CCUCACACCUCAGCCGGCAGUCAGCAGGCAUUCCAACAACUUCAAAUUGUUGUUGUCUCUGUUUGGAGAUAAUUUGACUUUCCAAAAUUUUGUACUUUUCCCAUUCGUUAAUUUUUAAUUUUUUGAUUUGAAGAUUUUUUAGUUAAAUUACAAACUCAUUAAGCUAAAAGACUAAAUUGAUACCCAACCCGGUGUCAAUUUUCAAUUUAUUGAAUAAUCGGCUCAAACUAGAAUAGAUUAAUCCAUUUUCAAAUUCCCGAGUAACAGGAUGGCAUACAGCGCCUCAGAUAGCGAGAUAGAUAUUGAGGUUACUGAAGAUGGUAGUGAAGAUGAGCUUCGAGAAGAGUCUGGAGAAGAAAAAGAAAAAGUCGUCGUGUUUGACCAUGCAGCGUAUCAGAGGAAGAUUCGAGAAAUGGACGCCUACUAUCAACGAAUGCGGUCAUUUGGAAUGGAAUUUAACGAAGGAAGGCAAAGUCGUCUUGGAGCUGGACGUGGGAGAGGCCGACCCGUUAAAGAAAAUUCCGAUGAAGAUGACGACAAUGUUUGCAAUUUGGUGGAAAUUGGAAGCAACGUCAGUAUUAAUCGUUCAUCUAGGGCUUCUUCUCGAGCAAGUAUUGGAGACCCUUUGGGAAUUCGACCUGCAGGUUCGGAAACACAAGGAUUGAACAAUGAAUCGUGCAAGGCUGGACGAGUAAUGCCAGAAUCCUCAAGGGCUGGUCGAGAAGUGGCAGGGUCUUCAAAUGCUAAGAAGAAGAAAAUGAAUGGCUACCUUCUCUUUGCCUUGAGCAAGAAGAAGGAGAUCGAAGUCCAGACGCGGACAAAGAUGGACAAGACCAUGGACCAAGUCCUCAAAAUGUUUGAUGAGGAAUGGAAGAACUUGAGCGAGGACGACAAGACCGUCUGGAAAGACAAAGCUAAAAGGGCGUAGUAAAUGAAAGAAAUUUUAUUCAUCUAUAAAUUGAAUACUUAUAAUAAAUUGAAAAAUCUUUCAUGUUUACAAUUUGAUAA